UAGAAAAACAGAUGGACAUAUUCAACGUGUGAUAUACAGCAACAAGAGGGAAAAAAAAAAAAAAACUAUUGCUACUCACAACGUGGAUGGAUCUCCUAAUCAUCAUGUUAAAAAAACUUAAACAUAAAAAGAAUACAUGGUGAUUGGCUCCAUUUAUAUAGGUUCAAAAACAGACAAAAGUAAUCUAUGGUGUUAGAAGUAGUGAUUGUCAGGGGACAAUCUGGCAGCUUUAGUGGUUCUAUAUUUUAUUUCUGGAUCUGAAUCUAGGUGUUAAUUACACUGGUUUGUUCAGUAGAAUAUUGAGCAGUGCCUAUAUAUAUUAUACAUUUAUACAUAAAUGUAUAACAUAUGUAGUAUAAAUAUUUAUAUAUAUUACAUAAAAGUUCACUUAAGUGUAGAUGAAUCUUCCUGUUCAUUAGCUGUUUCUUCAGCCUUGCCUUUCGGAAGUGAUUCUGCGCUUUCUUAGCCGGAAAGCGGAGUCACAAGGCGUCAAAGCCUCCUGCAUAGAUUUAGCGGCCAAGGCCGCCCACGUUGAAUGGCGCACAGCAGGCAGCCUCUCGACCCUCCGCUGCUCUCCCAGCCGCCUGCCUCCUGCGGUGUGUGCGGUCAGGAGGGGUCUCCUCGCGCCCCCAACUGCCCUGUAGUCAAGCGUACGGCCGUUAUUCGGGCUGCCAUCCAGGACGUCCAGCCAUGUGGUGCCUUCUGUUUCUGCUUCUGGGGCUCAUCGGGCUUCAGACAGACGAUAAUUCAGAAAGACUACGUGUGCAAAUUACAGUUCCAGAGAAAAUACGGUCAACGUCAAGUGGAGGAGUUGAAACAUACGUGUCCUACAACAUUGUAAUUGAAGGGAAAACAUACACUGUGAACCUAAUGCAAAAAGUUUUCUUACCUCAUAAUUUUAGGGUUUAUGGUUAUAAUGGCACAGGAAGUAUGAAACCUCUUGAACAACAGUUUCAGGACUUAUGCUACUACCAAGGGUAUAUUGAAGGUUAUCCAAAUUCUAUGGUGAUCGUUAGCACAUGUACUGGACUCAGGGGCUUACUACAAUUUGAAAAUGUAAGUUAUGGAAUUGAGCCCUUGGAGCCUUCAAUUGGUUUUGAACAUGUGAUUUAUCAAGUAAAACAUAGGAAUACAGGUGCUCCUUUAUAUGCUGAGAAGGAUAUUGAGUCAAGAGAAAAGCCCUAUAAAAUACAAAGUGUAGAGCCACCUGUAGACUUCUCUCAGUAUAUAGAAAUGCAUGUUGUAGUUGAAAAAAAUUUAUAUAAUCAUAUGGGUUCUGAUACAACUGUUGUCACUCAAAAAAUUUUCCAGUUGAUUGGAUUGACCAAUGCUAUUUUUGAUUCAUUUAAUAUUACAAUAAUUCUAUCUUCAUUAGAGCUUUGGAUAGAUGAAAAUAAAAUUCAGGUAACUGGAGAUGCCAAUGAAUUAUUACGCAGAUUUUUAAAAUGGAAACAAUCUUAUCUUGUUUUGCGUCCACAUGAUGUGGCAUUUUUACUUGUUUACAGAGAAAAACCAAAUUAUGUUGGUGCAACCUUUCAAGGGAGGCUGUGUGAUAAAUACUAUGGAGGAGGUGUUGCUCUGCACCCCAGAACCAUAAGUCUGGAAUCACUUGCAGUUAUUAUGGCUCAAUUACUGAGCCUUAGUAUGGGAAUAACUUAUGAUGACAUCAACAAAUGCCAUUGCCCAGGAGCUGUCUGCGUAAUGAACCCAGAAGCAAUUCAUUCCAGUGGUGUGAAGAUCUUUAGUAACUGCAGUAUGGAAGAUUUUGCACAUUUUAUUUCAAAGUCAAAGUCCCAGUGUCUUCAAAACCAGCCACGUUUAGGUUCAACAUACAAAGUGGCAGUUUGCGGUAACGGAAAAGUCGAAGAAGGAGAACAAUGUGACUGUGGGGAUCAGGAGGAUUGUGCAGCUCUGCCAGACCCAUGCUGUAACCAAGCCACAUGUAGACUCAAUGUUGGGUCAGCUUGUGCUACUGGACCGUGCUGUAAUGCUUGUGCUUUUAUAGCAAAAGGACAAGUGUGUAGGGCUUCCACUGAUGAAUGUGAUCUCUCUGAAUAUUGCAAUGGUACAUCUGCAGCAUGUCAAGAAGACCUUUAUGUUCAGGAUGGGCAUCCAUGUGCAGAGAAUCAAUGGAUCUGUGUGAACGGAAAAUGUAUGAACGGGAUAAAACAAUGUUUGGAAAUAUUUGGUGAAGGUUCAGGUUUUGGUACUCAACAGUGUUUUGAUCAACUUAAUUCUAAGACUGAUCCAUCUGGGAACUGUGGCUCUAAUGCUUCAGGGUACACACAGUGUAAUCCUAAGGAUGUGCGAUGUGGAAAAUUACUGUGUACAUAUGACAAAGGAAUUAUAAUUAAUAUUCCAAAUGCCACUGUUUUGUAUAGCAACAUAGAUGGAAACAUCUGCGUUGGACUGGAAUAUGCAUAUGAUGAUAAAGACAGUGGAAACAUGUGGGUAAAAGAUGGAACUGUUUGUGGUCUAAAUAAGGUUUGCAAAAACAAGAAAUGUGUAGAUUCUUCAUUCUUGAAUUACGACUGUACUCCAGAAAAAUGCCACAAUCAAGGUCUAUGUAAUAAUAAAAGGCACUGUCACUGUAACCCUACAUAUUUACCUCCAAAUUGCCUAGCUUCACUAGAGUCAUGGGAAGGUGGGAGUAUUGACAGUGGCAACUUUCCACCCUCAGUACCAGGCCUACCUGACAGGCACUAUAUUGAGAAUGUUUACUAUUCCACACCUACGAGAUGGCCAUUUUUCUUACUCAUUCCUUUUUUCAUUAUUCUCUGUGUACUGAUUGCUACACUGGUAAAAGUUUAUUUCCAAAAUGAAAAUUGGAGAACUGAGGACUAUACAAGCGAUGAGCAAGUGGAAAGUGAGAGUGAGACCAAAGACUAGCCUGGAAAACAAAGAAUCCAUGGUAUCACAAUUCUCAGCUGACAUCUGCAUUCACCUUUCCGGAUUCAUAACGUAUCGAGUUCUGCUUUCUCCACAAUUUGUUGGUAUGCUUCCUUUUAUUUGAUAUGAACUGUGACUCUAUCACUUCGCCGCACUGGAGGAGCUGACGGUCAGAAGAGCAACUCCCCAGCUACAGUGUGGAUGACCGCUGAGGCUCAAAAUACUUCUCCUACUACUGUCCCAGCACUUCUCCCUUUUCCCCCAUGUGUUUGUUUUAAACAAGUUCAAGGAACAAGAAUGUCUAUCCUAUGCCUGUCUCACCUUUGUUUUUUGGAAGCACAUAACUUGUCUGAUUUCACACGUUCAUAAAUGGCGAAGAAUUUUCCCUCAAGAUGAAUCAUACCUCAAGUCUCACCCAUUCCUGAUGUAGAUGAUAUUUAGAAGAGACGUUGUAUUUGGAAUUUAUACUGAAACGGGUUAAGACUUUUGGAGCUACUGAGAUGGGGUGGACAUAUUCUGCAUAAAAGGAGGACAUGAAUUUGGGGAGCCAUACGAUGGAAUGUUAUGGACUGAAUAGUGUUCCCCCAAAUUCAUAUGCUGAUUUGAAUCCCUAAACCCCAGUGUGAUGGUAUUUGGAGAUGAGGCCUUUGGGAGGUAAUUAGGGUUGAGAUCAUAAGGGUGGGGUCCUAAUCUGAUGGAACUGAUGUUCUUAUAAGAGGAGGAGGAGACACCAGAGAGCUUUCUCUCUCCACACACACAGAGGACUCAGCAAGAAGGCAGCCAUAUGCAAGCCAGGAAGAGAGCUCUCACCAGAAACCGAAUUUGCCAGCACCUCGAUCAUGGGUUCCCAGCCUCCACAGCUGUGAGAGAAUAAAUUUCUAUUGUUUAAGACA